UUCACCAGCACUUAACCCCUCCUCUUCAAUCUCAAACUGAGCGUGAGCGGAGUCAGCCUCAAAUAGUACUCAUACCUCAAAAGGAAAAAAAGAAAUUGUAAAGAAAAAAAUCAAUCAGAUGACGAAGGCGAAGAAAGAAUUGCUAUCGAAAGCACCAUGGAGAGGCGAAGACGACGAUGAAUCCAAUAAAUUCAAAGACGCAAAACUCAAAGUCACCAGCCAACCUGGUUCCACGCCUACUAUGCACGUCCCUCGUAAGAAGAGCCAACGUUUUGACGAUGAAGAUGACGAUGAUCAAGCCCUCGAAAUCGACCCUGAACUUCGUUACAGUUUCCAGCGCAACUUUCAGUUUCUUCAAAGGGUGUUUAGUAUUGAUACUGUGGUGAAGCCUCUUCCUCCGGCUAUGGCGUAUAAUGUUUCUCGAAAUUUGAGCUUUUUUACGCGUAUCUUUACGCAGUUCUUUGAUCCUGAAGGUAUUGCAAAUGCGCAGAAAUCUCUUGGGUUAGGACAGGAAGAAAAAGCUCGGCGUGUCCGUUGAGAACUGACAUCCUAGCAUACUUUUGCUAUGUAAUUUUGAUUGUAUCUGGAUCUUUGUUUUGUCAAGAAUUGUUAUGCAUGACCUAUUUUUUCUAAAUCAGAAUUUCUAUCUUGUCCUACAUCUCUAGGUGAUAAUUUAAAUUUUACUUCUAUGGUGA